AUGUCUCCAACCUUCUCUUCAAGAGGUCAAUUUGAGGUUCCAGAUGACGCUGGAGCUUCUGGUCCUGAGUCGAGUAGAAUGCAGAGUCACUACAAACCAGUGGUAUCCUAUUACUUCCCUAAAGGAGUAGGAGAAUAUCACUUUGGGGUAUCUACACUACGUUUUGUUCGCCGAUUAGAUUCUAACACCCUCGGCGUUAUGGGUUACGGCCUUCACAAGUACAUGGAUCACUAUAUCAACCCACGCUCGGCUACUGUAGAGGAGCUUGAACUUUAUCAUGACCAAGAUUAUGUCGAGUUUUUGUCUCGAGUUAUGCCAGGUGCAUCGGCCAAAGAGCUGGCGGAUUUCAAUUUUGGAGAUGAUUGCCCUAUAUUCGACGGCAUGUUUAACUUCUUCAAGCAAUACACUGGAGCAUCCCUUGCAGCGGCUCGAAAACUCUCUCAGGGCACUACAGAUAUAGCAGUUAAUUGGUCGGGUGGCCUCCAUCACGCGAAAAAGCGAGAAGCGAGCGGCUUUUGUUAUAUCAACGAUAUUGUGAUUGCUAUCCUGGAUCUGCUUCGUGUUUAUCCCCGUGUUCUUUAUAUCGAUAUCGACAUCCAUCACGGUGACGGCGUUGAACUUGCUUUUUGGCACACUAACCGUGUCAUGACAGUCUCCUUCCAUAAAUAUACCGGUGACUUCUUCCCGGGCACUGGGAAACUUGAUGAUAACGGAACUGGUCUUGGUCGACACUUCGCCCUGAACGUCCCACUUUCUGAUGGGAUUGACGACACAUCUUACGUGGAUUUGUUCAAGUUCGUGAUGGAGCGCACAAUUGGUGCCUUCCAACCUUCAGCCAUCGUCCUUCAAUGUGGCGCUGACUCUUUAGGAUGUGAUCGACUUGGGGCGUUUAACCUCUCGACCCGGGCCCACGGAGAAUGUGUGAAGUACAUCAAGUCCUUCAACAUCCCUCUUCUCGCUCUCGGCGGAGGCGGAUAUACCAUUCACAACGUUGCUCGAUGCUGGACCAACGAAACCAGUAUUCUACUAGGAGUCGAAGUGUCGGACAUGCUCCCGGAUACACCUUACAACGCAUUUUUCAAACCAGAUUACAAACUGCAUCCCCAGAUCGUUCGGAAGGUUGAAAAUAUGAAUACUCCACGUAGUCUUCAAAACCUCCGCAUUGCUAUUGCAGAGAAGCUGCGGUACCUGAACGGAGCACCAAGCGUACAAAUGCAAGAGAUUCCACCGGAUCUAGAAGGCCUUCUUGAGGACAAUGACGAAGAUGAAGAUAUAGAUGAGGACGUGACAGGUGAUGUGGAGGAAGGAGAGGGGUUAAACGGGCGAGUAGCAUCUAACGGCGUCGGCAACUCUCAUCCUCCACCAGGCCGGCAGGGGACUGAAACGCCGACAGUCCAAGAGCUAGAAGCCAGGAUCGAGGACCAAGCCAAGAUUGACCUCCAGCUUGAGCAAAUGAACCAGUCUGGUGUAUUCGGAGACGCCCUCGAUGGGUCUUCGGAGGAUUCGCUUAGUGAGCCCGAAUCUGAGGAUGGUGUUGGACGGCUGGUUCCUGCAUCCAAAGAAUGA